UCCCCAUCUCCGCUCUCUCUCUCUCUCUCUCUCUCUCACCCUCUCUCUUUCCUUCUCUUUCUUUUUUGCAUUUCGCUUCUUUCCUCCUCUCUCUCUCUCUCUCUCUGUCUCUCUCUCUCCCUCUCUCUCCCUCUCUCUCUCUCUCUUCUUUCUUUUUCCAUGCGCUCCUCGCCAAUUUAAUCCAAUUUGAAUCUGACGCUGGUGGCGUGCGCGCGCGCCUGUGUAUAUGUGUGUAUUGCUUUUUGGCUUUGGGAGCGCCGGCUUUCCUUCCACACUGAGCCUUUUCAAUGUAUAAAAUGGAGUAUUCUUACCUCAAUUCCUCUGCCUACGAGUCCUGUAUGGCCGGGAUGGACACGUCGAGCCUGGCCUCAGCCUACGCGGACUUCAGCUCGUGCAGCCAGGCCAGCGGCUUCCAGUACAACCCCAUCAGGACCACGUUCGGGGCCACCUCCGGCUGCCCGUCGCUCACCCCGGGCUCGUGCAGCCUGGGCACCCUGCGGGACCACCAGAGCAGCCCGUACGCCGCAGUUCCCUACAAGCUCUUCACCGACCACGGAGGCCUGAACGAGAAGAGGAAGCAGAGGCGCAUCCGGACCACCUUCACCAGCGCGCAGCUCAAGGAGCUCGAGAGGGUUUUCGCCGAGACCCACUACCCGGACAUCUACACGCGGGAGGAGCUCGCGCUCAAGAUCGACCUCACCGAGGCCAGAGUGCAGGUGUGGUUCCAAAACCGGCGCGCCAAAUUCCGCAAGCAGGAGCGCGCGGCUGCCGCAGCCGCCGCCGCGGCCAAAAACGGGUCGGGCAAGAAGUCGGACUCUCGGGACGAGGACAGCAAAGAGGCCAAGGCCACCGACCCGGAUAGCACGGGUGGUCCGGGGCCCAACCCGAACCCCACGUCCAACUGCGGCGGGCCGAGCCCCACCGGGGGUCAGAUCAACGCCACUGGAAACGGCCCCGUGGAGCAGGCUAAGACCUCGGUGGGCAGCAUGGGGGCCAGCGCACCGAGCCAAGGCUGGGCUUCAGCCCCGGGCACCAUCACCUCCAUCCCGGACUCUCUGGGGGGACCGUUCGCCAGCGUACUGUCCUCUUUGCAAAGACAGAACGGAGCCAAAGCCACUUUAGUAAAGACCAGCAUGUUCUGAAAGGGUGGUCCGACCUAGCGAACGAAACGACGACGACGACGACGAAGAGAGAGAUUCAAGAAAACAAGCAAAACGGACAAAAAAAGGAGGGAACGCCAAAAGAGCGAGGGACUAAACUUCUCUGAUGAAAAUAAUGAGGGGACCCCGACUGGUCGCCCCCCUGACUUCUUUCGAUGCCAUUCGUUUACACAACAAGCUGGAUGAUUAUAUCGCGCGCCUAGCCCGAGCUAUAUCGCCUUUCCGUUUGUUUGUUUGUUUUUUUUACCUCCCCUCCUUUUCUUUUGGGCUCUAGUCGAGUAGCUGUGGUCGUCGAUGCCAUUUCUGAUAGAUGUAAGUAACUGAUAGACUGCCCGGUGCGUCUCUGCAGCAACGAGUGUCUCACCACGGACUCUGCAUCACGCCAUCGUCGCUCCACGGCACCAUAGCUGUUUGUUUACACUGACUUUUAAGCGUUCCUGUACCGUGAGUUCUAUGUCUGUACCACAGAUUACUGCCUCUGUUAUAUAUUUCUACUUAUAAAGCUACCAAGCCUUAGAGCCCGGGGCUCUGACAACCUCCAUUCAGUAUCCAUCAAUCUGCGGCAAAGUUAUACCUUAAAAAUGGCACAAGUACAUAUUUCACUGUUGACAGGAAUAACGUAAACGUUUUGUGUGUCUUUCUACGGCUGUGUUUUUGUGGCUCAAAUUGUAUAGUGUUAAUACGUAAUAUCGUCCUAGAUAAACAUAGAACCAUAUCGCCCCUUGUAGUUCAGUCUUUUUAAUGUUUUGCCGAGUUACCACUGGCAAGUUACUUUGAGAAAAAGGGAAUGGAUGCAGACCUUCGUGUUUAUUUCUUCUUUUUUUAUUAUUCCCACUUUGUUUCUUUUCUGUUUGGCUUUUAUUUUUGCAUGUUGUCUUUUUUUCCGUCCAGUUUUAUAAUGAGUUCGCCUAUUUUGUGAGCAUACUGUAACACGUUUUGUCCAGGAUUUGAGAAUUAUUUAUAUGUAGGUAAUGGAUGCUUAUAUUUAAGAAAGAAAUAUUUCUACAUGUGCACAUAGUUUUUCAGGUGUACCAUUGACAUGGUUGUUGAUGAUAAAAAUCAAUGA